AUGUAUUAUAGUAUAGAAGAUUUUACUGUAGCGAACACCUUUGAAAAUCUAGUGGAUCUCGUAAAGAAAAGUUUGGAUAAUGAUGACACGGAGUUUUUGUUUCAUGGGCUACCAGUUGAUCCUCUGAAGACACUCGGGUUUGAUCGAGGAUGGUUGGAACUAAAAAUACUGGAUAAUUCUGUUAAGAUGCACACUGCUAAUACUAUGCUUAUAGCCACGAAGAAUCGUCUUGACAUACCGCUUGUGGUAUAUUGUAAAUCACAAGCUUGGGAGCAAUGGCUGGCCCUUGAAUAUAGAGAUGGUCGAUGGUAUAAUUAUUUGAUUGUGUGUGAUGACAUGGGACUAGAGUUUUUAGUGAAGCUAAAUCAUCUUGGUGAUCGUCGGGAAGUUGAUGGUAGCGAAGGAGACCAUCAUGAAGGGGUACGGUGGUCUGGUUUUGGUAUUACUUUGAACGAGCAAUUUAGAUUGUGGUUAUCUGGUAUCAAGAAUGAGAGAAUCCGUUCUUGCUUAGAUCCUCAUAGAAGUCCGUAUGUGUACCAUAGUAUAUUGCACUACUGUGUUCGUCAUGGUGUAAUUCCACAUGGAUGUGAAAUCUUUGAAGGAUAUGAUGUUGUGGAUGAGUUUGAAAUUUAUGAAAGAUAUAACAUCGAUCGAACCAUGGCGGAUUUAUUCGAAUUUCGUUUUAAACCUUUCGAGCGAAUUUAUGUGAUCAAACAUAAAUCUAUUAAAUUAUUACCUGUGAAUGAAAGCAUGUAUGAAAGCAUGAAUGAAAGCAUGGUAGAAUAUACAUGGUUACGUACCGUUAAAAUGAAAAGGUUUCUAUUGCCUGAUUUUAGUCGUAUUCUUAGACAACUAAAAGAAUACGCAACGCUUCCUACGGAACCUGCAACGCUUCCUACGGAGCCUGUAUCCAAUAUCAAGAAACAUAUAUACCCUAGUAGGGAGUUGCUGGGACUUCUAUUCAUCAAUGAUGACGCGUCAAAUGAGAUUUCUCUAGGUUUAGCAUUACUUCUUGAUUGGUCAUUAUCUAAAAGGUUUCAAUAUUCCUAUUCCUCGUACAUACAGAAGCUGAGAGGUAGUAUUUCAAUUUACCACUCUUCAUUAGACUGGUUGGAAGCUCUGACGAUGAAGAAUACAAGGUGCACACUCGAGCAAACGUAUUUGAAAAAAAAUAUAAAUUCAACCACCGACGACCCCGUUUUGCUCCUCGACAGAAUUUUAUUGUCUUACAUCAAGCUGUCCUUAUUCACUACAUUGUCUGCUAAUCGUAUUCAAGACCUCAUUAAAUUUAGAUAUGUUAUUGUCAAGCUACUGCUACUAGUGCCAACAUUCUCUACCAAAAAUUUCCUGCUCUUCUUGUCCAAAAUCAACAACAGUCGACCCUCCAGCUUACAGGCAGUAGCCACAGAAAGUACUUACGGCAAUGACACUGGCAAUACAAACGGCCACACUCAUAGGGAGGACUUGUCUAUCCCUUUUUUGUAUCGCACCGUAAUUACUGCUAUCCGGGUGACUACUUAUCUAGGAGGAGAUGCCAGAGAAGUUUGGCGAGAGCUUAUGAACAUCUAUCCUGACAUACAAUUAAAUGUUGCUCAUGAUCUAUAUUUAAGAAGUCGAUAUGAUCAACCAACGUUCCCUAAGUUGGAUUUCAAUACACUAUGCAAUGAUUGGUGUGAUAUAACUCAACCAGUCAGACCAUACCUACCAAUCAAUUUCCAAGAUCUAAUUCAUGACUAUGAGUUCGAACUAGAAGAUUCUUAUAAUGAUCUACUCACUUCAUCUCAAAAUCCCUGUCUCAGUGUCUAUUGUCAUUCUACAAAAGCAUUCGAAAGAAUUCUGUCUUGCACAAACCCCCAUCGCGAGGGUAGCACAUCCCAUGAACUGUCUUCCGAACUCUCGUCCAAUAAUAUUUCUAGUGAAGUGACUUCCCAUGAACUGUCUGAAACCAACGAUGCUGAUGAUGAUGAUGAUGCUGAAACCAAUAAUGAUGCUGAUUAUAGUAAGCUGGAUUCCGAUAUACUAGACAAGAUCCAAGCAUUGGAGCUGGAAGCCGUCACUGUGGACGCUUUGUGCAAGCAUUUUAACAUUAGAAAAACGGAGAGUAUCGCUGCAUCUCUGAACGGCAAAUUGUCCUCCGACUUCGCCGAUGAAGUAAUGUCAGAACCCAUUCCCAUAAAUUACCCCGGAAGGCCUCGAUCCUGCGAUCGAGAUAGAUUAGUCACCCUCCAUGGCAGCUUGUCUGUCCUCACUCCUCCAAGCUUUCUGCAUCUAAGUUUGUUGAACAACGAAGGCCCCGCUUGUUACUCAUGGCAUCACAAUAACCUUCUGACGGUUGCGGAAACAACACUAUGCUCUUUGUACUGA